GCAAGCCCUGCCACAUCUGACGACCGUCAGAGCCGGUGUAGUACGAUUCGAUCUUAGUCCUGUAUUGACGCUUUGCCUGUUUGAUGGUUCGUCGGAGCCUAAUACCAAUACUAUGUAUCAGAAUAAUUAUUUCCCUGUGCUGUUCCCUUGAAGAAUGUCAGGAUGGACGAUGGCUCAGGCCUGCAAGACAGCCUGGUGCUGGAGAUCUUCCUGCGACUCCCCCACGACGCUGUGCUGAGCACUGGCCUGGCCUGCAGACAGUGGCUGGCAGUGUCCAGAGAUGAGUUCCUGUGGAGGGAAUUGUUCUAUAGCUACUACCGAAUCACCCACUCUGUGCCCAGACACCCUUCUUCUGUGUCGUGGUACAGAGAGUUCAAGCGUCUGUUUAACUGCAUUCCCUGUGUGGAGGUUCAGACUCUGAGAGAGCACCAUGACCAGGUCCUCCAUCUGGCCUUCUCCCACCGAGGACACCGCUUCUCCUCCUGUUCCAAAGACUGCACCGUCAAGCUUUGGGACAGUGGCACCAUUACCAUGGUGCACAGCUCCAGCAUGCGCCACUUCCACUGGGGCUACACCCAGUUCUCCCAGUUCAACGCUGACGACACCCUGCUACUGGUGUCUGGAGUCUACCUGGGCUCUAAUCACUCUUCCUCUGGGGAGAUUGCUGUCAUCUGCCUUGAGAACUACACCCUCCUGUCCUGUGUGAGGAACAAGCCCUACGAUGUGUUUGGCUGCUGGCUGAACGAGACCCACCUCGUCUCUGGCAACCUGCACUGGUUCGGCAACAUGACCUCCUGCUCUGUGCUCUGGCUCAAUAAACCCUUUCAGGACAUAGAGUCUAAGAACAUUAACGUGGUCAAGCGGCUCUUUAAAAUCCAGAACAUCAAUGCCAGCACCAUCCGCACGGUCAUGGUGGCUCACUGUCGGCUCCACGACAACCCAGACCUGCUGCAGGACUAUGAGGCCCAGUCCAAGGCUAGGGCCCUGGCUCAGAGCCAGCCACAGAGACACCAGCCCCUGCUCUUUGACCUGGGUUCCACUGACAGCGAGGAGGAGGAUGAGGACGAAGAGCGCCGGAAGGAGAUGAGACUGCAGGGUCUGUUGACAGCCCACCUACCUCAGCUCAACGCUACUGGGCUGGAGCAUGUCAUACAGGGUUAUCAAAGUGAAGCCUCGGAGGUGAGGCAGCUGGAGACUAAGAGGGCACGGCUCAUCAGUAAAACCCACACCAAGGCCCCAGACCACAAUGUGCUCUCCUCCUCGGCCCCUGGGGAGGGAGAGGACAAGACCUACCUGCUCUUCACCACCGGCAGCCUUACCUACUCCCCCCACCAGAUAGGUAUCAAGCGGAUCAUGCCUGACCAGAUGAUCACGUCUGGGCGCAGCACAGACAAGUUCUUUGACUCUCUAGACCAUGUGAUCAACAUCCACGGCCACAUCAUCGGCAUGGGCUUGUCUCCAGACCACAGGUAUCUGUAUGUGAACAGUCGAGCGUGGCUGGCGGGCUGGGUGAUCUCUGACCCCAUGUCUCCGCACCCCAUCGCUGUGGAGAUUGACCUGCAUGUCAUUGACAUGAAGAGCCUGCGGGAGGAGAGGCGGAGCCUGAGGGCCCACCGAGCCUUCACGCACGACGAGUGCUUCUUUAUCUUCUUGGACGUCAGCAGAGAUUUUGUAGCCAGGUACGUAUGUCACGGCUGCUUUAACAGUUACAGGCAGUAUGGGGUUACUACUAUGGUUACUAUAAAUGACUUCCGAUCCCUUUUUCAAUGUUAUUGGGCCUUUGUAUCAGAUACUAACAGAGAAACUGUGUGUAUUAUAUGAAGGACAUAUUCUUCCAUAUACAGAUUUUAUCAUCUUUAAUAGAGGUCGGCCGAUUAUGAUUUUUCAACACCUAUACUCGGCCUUGUCUUAGGACGGUAAGUUGGUGGUUGGAGACAUCCCUCUAGUGGUGUGGGGGCUGUGCUUUGGCAAAGUGGGUGGGGUUAUAUCCUGCCUGUUUGGCCCUGUCCGGGGGUAUCAUCGGAUGGGGCCACAGUGUCUUCUGAUCCCUCCUGUCUCAGCCUCCAGUAUUUAUGCUGCAGUAGUUUAUGUGUCGGGGGGCUAGGGUCAGUCUGUUACAUCUGGAGUAUUUCUCUU